GGGGCGGGAGGGAGCGGAGCAGAGCAGGGAAAGAGGAGGAAGCAGCAAGGAUGGCGGAGUCACACCUCUGAAGCAGUUCUAUAAAGGAUUAAAAAGCCCCUUUGCAACCUGAAAGAAUUCCUCUCACAGGUCCUGGAUUGUGAAGCAUGUGGCCCAUGGAUGCCACAGUCCUGCCACUUCAAAGGAUUUUUUCUUCCAUGGCAUUUUAGCAAAGUCUCAAAAGUGUCUAAAAAGGCAUUGCCUCGAAGGAUAAACUCAAUCGUGUGCCCUGCACCAGGAUGGUGUCUCCCACUAGUGUCUGUUUUGUCCCGAAUAAGUGACGGGACAGAGACCCCAUGAGCAGCUCUGUGGGACACCCCACAUCGUCGACAUGAGUAGUACUUUAGGCAAAGAAAAAGAAUCUAAAGAGAAGGACCCUAAAGGUCCUGGAAAGGACAGAGAGAAGGAGGGCAAGGCUCUGGCCGCAUUAGUGAAAGACGGAGGCAAAGAAUCCAAGACCAAAGGGAAAGAUGGCAGAGAAGGAAAGAAGGACACCAGCAGUGCGCCACCGGGUGUGGCUUUUUCUGUCGACAACACCAUUAAACGGCCCAACCCGGCUCCAGGAACGCGAAAAAAGUCCAGCAACGCUGAGGUGAUCAAAGAACUCAACAAGUGCAGAGAGGAGAACUCCAUGAGGCUGGACUUGUCCAAACGCUCCAUCCACAUGCUGCCCACCUCCAUCAAAGAGCUGACUCAGCUGGCCGAGCUCUACCUCUACAGCAACAAGCUGCAGAGUCUCCCGGCCGAGGUGGGCUGCCUGUCCGGCCUGGUCACUCUGGCCCUGAGUGAGAACUCUCUGACCAGCCUGCCUGAGUCCCUGGACUCCCUGAAGAAGCUGCGCAUGCUGGACCUGCGCCACAACAAGCUGCGGGAAAUCCCCGCCGUGGUCUACCGCCUCAGCUCCCUCACCACGCUUUACCUGCGCUUCAACCGCAUCACCACCGUCGAGAAAGACAUCCGUAACUUGUCCAAGCUCACCAUGCUCAGCAUCCGCGAGAACAAAAUCAAGCAGCUGCCAGCUGAGAUAGGGGAGCUGUGCAGCCUGAUCACUCUGGACGUGGCCCAUAAUCAGCUGGAGCACCUCCCCAAAGAGAUCGGGAACUGCACCCAAAUCACCAACCUGGACCUGCAGCACAAUGAACUGCUGGACCUACCUGAGACCAUAGGAAAUCUUGCGAGCCUAAAUCGUUUAGGCCUGAGAUAUAAUAGAUUGUCCGCAAUCCCGAGAUCAUUAGCCAGAUGUCGAGAACUGGAGGAACUAAACCUGGAAAAUAAUAACAUUUCAGUUUUGCCCGAGGGGCUCUUGUCCAGCCUGGUGAAUCUGACCAGUCUGACGCUAGCGAGGAACUGCUUCCAGUCCUAUCCUGUGGGUGGGCCGUCCCAGUUCUCCACCAUUUACUCUCUCAAUAUGGAGCACAACCGCAUCAACAAGAUCCCAUUUGGCAUCUUCUCCAGGGCUCGAGUGCUGAGCAAACUGAACAUGAAGGACAACCAGCUAACGUCUCUGCCGCUGGACUUUGGCACAUGGACGAGCAUGGUGGAGCUUAACCUGGCCACUAAUCAGCUGACCAAGAUCCCGGAGGAUGUGUGUGGGCUGGUGUCUCUGGAGGUUUUAAUACUGUCCAACAAUCUCCUCAAGAAGCUACCACAUGGUAUUGGGAACCUGAGAAAGCUCCGGGAGCUUGACUUGGAGGAAAACAAGUUGGAGUCUUUGCCCAAUGAAAUUGCUUAUCUCAAAGAUUUACAUAAAUUGGUUUUGACCAAUAACCAGCUGACCACAUUACCCAGAGGCAUUGGGCAUCUUACCAACCUGACACACCUGGGCCUGGGGGAGAACUUGCUGCAGCACCUGCCUGAGGAGAUUGGAACACUGGAGAACCUGGAGGAGCUGUACCUAAACGAUAACCCCAACCUGCACAGCCUACCGUUUGAGCUGGCCCUGUGCAGUAAACUGACCAUCAUGAGCAUCGAGAACUGUCCGCUCAGCCACCUGCCACCGCAGAUCGUCGCAGGAGGACCCUCCUUCAUCAUCCAGUUCCUCAAGAUGCAGGGUCCAUAUCGUGCCAUGGUUUGAACAUAUCUUUGUUUUGCUUUUCUGACCCAAUAUGCUCUGCGCUGCGGCCUGGCCGCCCCCAGUCCUGUAUGAUGCACUGUAAAGACAGAACAGGACCAGCAGGGGGCAGCUGAUUUGGGCUGGAGAGGAGCAGCCAAAAUGUGGAGACUUUGUGCUCCAGAGUCUAUCAUGGACCCGACUGGACCUCGGCCACGUCCCACUCAUGUUGCAUUCCGUAUAAAGGAAACUAUUUCCAUUUCUUUGCCAAAACUGAAGAUAUAUAAAUUUCUAUAUAUUGAGUUACUGUGAGCUGAGUGGCAAAAGUCUUUGUGACCAUAUAAAAUGUGCUCCCAUUGCCAAUGUAUUUACAGUACUUACAGCAUCUAUGACGAGAGCAAGGAUACAACUGUAUGCAGAGACAGACCAGUCUUUGAGCGUCACAUUUCCUGCUGCUGCCAUAACUGUAACUAUACGACUGUCCUUGUGUUUCCUUUUAUUUUGAAAUGCCCUUUUUACAUGUUGUCAUGUUUCUCUAUCGGGCUCUCUGUGUCUGGACCAUAGAGAACAAAGGUCUAAUGAUACCAGUUCCUUUUUAGGUUUUGUACAUUAUUUUUACAUUUUUUAAAUAAUGUGCCUAUGUUUAGAGUGGACCUGUGGUUCAUUUCGAAGCAAAUUGUCCAUACAAAAACAAAUAUAUAAAUUAUUUCAGUAUUUUUUUUUAAUCCUGCUGUUUUUACUUGUAUUUUUUCUGUCUCAUUGAUUUGUUCAAUGAUAUCAGUUGUAAAAUAGAAUGAUUGAAUAUCGUUUUUUGACAAAUAGCAGCAGUAGUUGUUAAACAUGCUCGCAAUGUAUACAUAUGAGAAAUGCCAAUCACACGUGCUUAAAAAAGCAGGAUGGACUUUGUUGAAGAUGGUGGUGUAAUGACCCACUAUCUCCACUGCUUUGUAUGUGACAAAAAGGUAUUGAAAAAGUCCAGCAUAUGCAGGUAAUGGGAUAAAUUAUGUUUUUUUAUGUACCAAUCUUGGUUGUUGCCUUGAGUGCAAUUUUAGUUUGUUUACUUGUUUGAUAUUCUCUUCAGUGUUGGGCUGCACAGCUGUCAUCCUUUUGGUCACUGAUCCACAUAUCAAGCGUUUUAAGGGGUUCAGUCUCUGGACAAUUGCUGAGUGUAUCAAAGCUUCAAAAAGGUUUAAUAAUAAAACAUUGGCAGGUAA